UGAUGGAGAUGAAGCCAUUGGAGACACAAAGGGCAGACGAUCCGCGUUUGUCCACGUGGCAGCGAGGCGGAGGUUCGGUUGCGACGUGAUAUGUUAUGAUGCUGGCGACUAUCUUGUAACAAGCGACUCCAACCUCAGGAAUUCACGGAUGCUCUAAUGACCUCGAGGACGUUGAUAUCGGACGUGUCGCAGAGACAUAAGCUGGUCCUCGUGGUCGCUACAGGCAUCCUUCUCAGAGUCUAUCUUUUGUUUGGAACAUCUGCUCAUAUCCUCCUGAGAGAUAGACCGGAAUUGUCCACUCCGCAGACGAGUCAUCGCAGCUUGAAAGAAGGUGUUUUUCAGCGCAUCAAUUUGCCCUUGACGCCCGGGUCUGCCAAUUCGGAGCUCUACGUGGCAAUUUUCUCGCAUUUGAUUCCUUUCAAUCAUUGGUCAUGGGCAUUGACCUGGAUAGCUGCUGAUCUGGGGACCUCAAUCGCUUUGUUGAGCUUCGCAAAUAGCUUGUCUACCGGCGCGUCCCUUAACGACCCGGCUAUCGUAGCUAGCUAUCUGUUGAAUCCAUAUUCGAUUGCAGCAUGUAUCGCUCAGGCUACUACCUCACUGGAUAAUCUGUGCAUUGUCUUCAUCGCUGCUUUGGCUGUGAGAGGCCAUCGACUCGCAUCUAUGAUCACUCUAGGAUUGACUGCUCAUGUUUCCCCAUAUGUAAUCCUUUUACUUCCGUCCUUCGUCCUCAUCGCCAAGACUCGGCGUCCGGGAUCAUGGCUAUCAUCAGUUCUAGUUUCGUGUGCAGCGUAUGCUGGCGCGUCCUACGCGCUGAGAAUUCCUCUUUGGACUCGUCUUCUCGACCUACAGGUCAACCUGAAAGACCUGACUCCAAAUAGCGGCAUGUGGUGGUACUUCUUCACAGAGAUCUUUGAUCACUUCCGGACGUUCUUCCUUUGCGUGUUUCAGCUACAUAUCCUCGCAUAUGUUCUUCCAUUACAAAUAAGGCUCAAAAGUGAUCCAUCGCUGGUCGUUCUGGUAAUGCUUGGCACAAUCGCAACAUGGAGAAGCUAUCCGAGCUUGGGUGAUCUGGGCCUCGGCAUGAGCUUACUCAGCUGCUUUCCCAAUGUAGUAUCAGAUCUUCGGCAUCCCCUCUUCACUGCAUCUGUGUACCUAUAUACUGCGAUCCUUCUCCCGUUGCUACACGCCCUGUGGCUUUUGACAGGGACCGGAAAUGCCAACUUUUUCUACGCUGCCACGAUGGUCCAUGGACUGAACUCAAGCCUCGCGAUUGUCGACAUCGUUGGCGCAGUCUUCAGAUCCAGUCUGAGAAAGGCUGCAGGUCCCGUCCGGCCUGGUCGAGAGAGAUACAUCGUACAGUUGACGGGCGCACAAUGAUGCGCCAGGGUAUGUAUGAAUUACAAAUUGUCGACUUCCAUCACGUCUCCGGACGCGUUCGUCUUUCCCUCUGCAAUCCAUGCGGCAAUCUUGGCUUUGAGUUCAGUAUCCGGGAUGCAGUCUUCAUACUUGAGUCUGUGACUCGUCAGUGCGGUUC